AUGGCUCCGCAGUUCCCUGAUUUUCGAAGAGUUCGAAGAAGAAUCCGAAGAACGCUGGGUUACGGAACGAAGCAACCUCAGUCUAUCAAUCUACCGCUUUCUGAGUUGGUUGUCGACUACUUUAACAAACGAAGUCCUUUUGACUACAUGAGACCGGAGACGUCAGCGAGUAUAUCGGGUUGUGGAUUUGCUGAUCCAUGUACACUUGUCGUUGCCAUGGUCUACCUUGAUCGACUUAGGAUUAAAAAUAAGAAAUGGUUUGAAUCGUCUGAUCCUACUGACCUUUAUCUUCCUGCCUUGAUAAUAGCUUCGAAGUUUCUGCACGAUUCGGAUACCUACGAUAGGGCAUCUAAUGCUGAUUGGGCUGAAGCGGCAAAGAUUUCAAACCAACACUUGAAUCAACUAGAAUGGGAGUUUGUCCAGAAGAUGAAUUGGAACGUCAUGGUUGGACAGGCUGAGUUCGAUCGUUGGUUAUCUUUCUUCGAGUACUGGGUAGCGAACAAUUUCGUUAUGAAAAAUAAUUUUUGUACGUACAAUGAGUUGGUUCAGCUGGGGGUGUCAUUUCCGCUAGUAUCAACAAUUCAGUGUUUGGCCUCGUUUUUUGGACUGUUGGUUAUGGUCUAUACUUUCUCAAUUGCUUCACUGUUCGUUGUUCCAUGCACGUUAACCACCAUUAGACUUGGAAUUGCGGAAAAUUCAUCGGGUACGCUUAAAACAGCUGCCUUCCUACCUCCUUUAAUAUCUCAAGGGCAUUCUCGAUUUUCAUCCGCUCUGGAAGUUAAGCGAAGAAGCUGUUUAUAUUUGCAAUUGUUACGUGAGAACGAGAACACUAGUGUAGAUAUACUGCGAUAUGAAGGAUUUCUGGAUCCAUCGAGAUGCUCUGAAAGUGCUGGAAAAUCGUUUUGGGGUGGCUGUAUACCUAAACAUUUUUCUUCCAAACAUUGUGCUCAUUUAACGUGUCAUAUUCCUGGUUUCUCCAUGUACUCAUUUGACUAA